AUAUUAGUUACGUUUAAGCUUAUUUUUUCAGAGUAUACUAGAAAAGCCCUUACAUCCUCCUUUUAUAAGAUACAGAAUUAUUUCAAGAUGGCGUCUCCCCGCCAUCCGAAUUUUCUGUCCCUCCUCCUCAUCAUCUCCUCGAUCGGCAGCAUCUGCAACGCUGACCUAACUGUGGGCGUGGUGACGCAGGAAGGUCGUCGUGGCGACGUCGAGUCUCGUCUCCUCCAGGACGUGUUCGGUAACGUGACGGAGGAGGCCGGUCGUCUGAUGCCGCUGCUCAGGGAGGUGCCUCAGCGCGACCCUCUGGCGGCCGCGGCUGCUGUGUGUUCACUGGCGGACGAAGGUGUGGCCGCCGUAGUAGAUGGCGGUCACAGCUGCAGCGUCGGCCGAGUGUACGGCGUACCGUGCAUCAGCCUCCGCGGCGCGUCUGGCAAGACCGCCCACGACACCGACGCCCUCACCCUGCACAUGGAACCUGACAAGAACCUAAUGUCCAGAGCCCUGGUAGACUUUCUUCAAGAGCUGCGGUGGUUCAGUCUCUCCGUAGUGUAUGACUCCGUUGAGCAUCUCACUUUAGUGGAACCUCUGCUCGGGCUCCCAGGCUUCAGAGUAAACGUUGUCAAGAUGGACGCUCAGCCCAACUACGAAGACGUGAUGACGCAGUUGGAACAGGCGCGAAGCAGUCGCGUGCUCGUCGUACUCGAGCCGCCCCACCUGCGAGAGUUCCUCGGUGCGAGCAAGAGACCUAACGGCAAGCCCCUGGACCUUCUCGUCGCGACCGUCCACACUAGACUGGGUGAGCUGAAGGCCGCUGGCCGGAACAUUAUGGCCGUCCGACUUGGCAGCCAGCAACACGGUAUGCUUGAGGCUGAGGAGGCUCUCACCCUUGACGCUUCGGCGGUGCUGAAGGCAGCGCUCCACCACCACCAGAGGAGCGGCGCUCCGCCCCUCAGGACUGAGUCUGGCCUUUGCUUGUCACGCAGCCACUGGCGGCAAGGCCCUCAGUUCUUCCAGGCUCUCGCGCAGACAAAGCUGGAGGGAGCGUCGGGCCCUGUAGAGUUCAACGAUCAGGGCAACCGCGUGGACUUCGAGCUUUCGAUUGUGAACUUUUAUGAGGGCAUCACUUCUGAGAUUGUGAGGUGGCAAGCGGGCUCUGGGGUGCCGGCAAACGGCAGAGUGCGACGUGACAUACGACAGCUCUCAGGGGGCCGCAAGCCAACGCUCAGAGUGGCUGCUGUUCUGUCGACGCCCUACGUCGUGCUGAAAGAACUCGGAGGGAACGACACGGAAGAAUUGUUCGGAAACGACCGCUACGAAGGCUUCAGUGUUGACCUCAUGGACGAAAUAGCUAAAGAAGUUGGCUUUAAUUACAUCCUGGACAUCAACGACGAGGGAUUGUAUGGCAGCAAGGAUCCACAGACCGGGGAAUAUAACGGCAUAAUCGGCGAUCUGGCAGCGCAGCGCGUGGAUGCUGCCAUCGGAGACCUCACGAUCAGUGAGAGUCGGGAGUCUGUCGUGGAUUUUACUGAUCCCUGGUACAGCUUUGGCAUCGGCUUGAUGGUUUACCACACCGGGCCGAAGUCGAGCGGACCGAUCUUCGGUUUCCUGAACGUCUUCGAGUCCAGCCUCUGGUGGGUCCUUCUAGCGGCCACGCUCGGCACGGCCGUUGUUCUCUUCCUGCUGUCGAGACUGAGUCCAUACGAGCGUGUGGGCGCCAUGGACCAAGAGCCGCAGGUCUGGACACCCUUCACCCUCUGCUACUCCACCUGGUUUGCCCUGGGCACGCUCUUCCGACAGUUCAUUUACUUCCAGCCGAGAGCACCAUCGACACGUUUAGUAACCCUGGCGUGGUGGCUGCUGGUUAUCAUUGUGGCCGCGCACUACGUCGCUAACCUCGCCUCGUUCUUCACGCUGCGGGGCCUCCGCUCCCUCGGAACCAUCAAGUCUGUGUACGAUCUGCCUGAUCAGAACCAGAUCACCUACAACGCCCUACACGGGGGAUCCACGUGGGCCUUCUUCAGAGACGCCAAGUCGGAGAGCCUACAGCGCGUGUACUCCGCCAUGUACAACCGAGCGUCGGAGCAGCGGAUCAAGAGCUCAGCUCAGGGGGUGGAGGAAGUCCUGGAAGCUCAGGGAUCCUUUGGCUUCCUGAUGGAGGAGCCAACGCUCGAGUACGUGACAGAACGCAACUGCGAACUCAAACAACUCGGAGGAACUGUCGGGUCUCGGGACUACGCCAUUGCUCUGCAGCAAGACUCGCCGUACCUCGACUACUUCAACGACGCGCUGUACUCCAUCCGCGAGUCAGGACAGCUGCAGGCCCUGCGCGACAUCUGGUGGCGGGAGAAGCGGGGCGGCGGCCAGUGCGAGUCCCGCUUCUUGUCAACGGAGCCCUCGGCGACGGCGUCUCAAGUGGAGCUGGAUGACCUGGCAGGGCCGCUGCUGCUGCUCGUCGCGGGUGUGGCCGUGGGGCUCGUGCUGGCGCUACUCGAGUGCUGCUAUUAUGCCACGGCCAGCGCCAACGCUAAGGGCAGCUCGGUGGGGUCAGAGAUGAGUCAGCAGUUCUCGCAGGCCAUCACGACGCAGCCCGCUGAACAGCUCCCGCUGUCUCGCCAGCCUAAGGCCUGAACACCGCCAACUACUCCGAGACUUGCGUUAAAAUUAAUUUAAAUUGAAAUUAAAAAUUUAAAAAUAAUUCUCCAUCAGGCAAAUGAUGUUGCAAAACUUGUAAUCAACGUUAAUCGAACGAAAUCAAUUUGUAAUCGACGUUAAUCGAACAAAAUCAACUUGUAAUCAACGUUAAUCGAACGAAAUCAAUUUGUAAUCAACGUUA